CUCCUGGGAGAGACUAGGACUGACACCCCCCCACGCUUUGUUGUGACUUGCGCUGUUGCCCUGUUCCAAGCCCUUAGCCAGGCGCAGCUUGCACCUCCCUGGCCUGGCGUACCCAAGGGCAGAGUCCUGAUUAAUACAGUGCCAGCUAACACCAUGCUCCCCCCCUGCCCCGUGCAGACAGAGCGCCAGGUGUCUGGCAGGGCUGUCUUGAGGGCAGAGGCCCAGCUGCAGUGGGAUUGCAGGAUGCUUGGCCCUCACCCCUUGCUCUUCAGGGCUGGGUGCACUCCGUGGGGCUGGCACACCACCUGUCAGCCAGUUCUUGCACCUGCUGGUGAGGUGCAGCAGCAGCCUUGGACAGAUGCUUCCAGUCCUCUCACCCGUGUGGCUGUAAUGGGCAGUGAGGGGAAAGCGGGGCUGUAUGUAUGCACGGGCUGCGGGGGAUGUUAACUCUGGGCCGCUUUCUGAGCCAGCUGCUGUCAGGAAUCCCACAAGACGCCACAGUGGGCAGGGUUCAGCAGCCUCUGAGCAGUGAUUUGGGGGCAGGGGGGUUCACUCCUGCUCACUCACUGAAGGCAUCGGCACAGCCUGCACUGGUUGCCCUUCUCAGCAGAGGCACCACGGACUCUCGGGGUCACGGACACCAAGCUCCUCUCUAAACCAGAUGGGUCCCUGCAGGGCAGGGAUGAGGUGUGUUGCUGGAGCAGGAGACGCUUGCCCUGCGGCUGCCCAGGCUGUACCUGCUCUGUUGAUAAUGGUGGGCAGAGGACUGUUUGUAGAGCACCUAGUGCAGUGGGGCCCUGCUCCUACGAUUGGGGUCCCUAGGUGCUACCACAGUCUAGAUAAUAACAUCAGUCUCCACAGCCGUCAGUUUGGCACCUCUUGCCAGCACUCCAUACACCAAUUUAACCCUUCAGCUCCCUCCAGAACAAGAGAAAGCUGAUUGUCGGGCCAAAAUUCAGAUUGGAUCCAACAUAAUGCCCUGGUCAGAGAUCUUAAGGCAUUUUCUCUGCUAUUGAUUUAAUCAACUGAUGAUCUCGGCCUUCGGGAGCUUGUCAGCAGGGCCAUUGCUGUGAGGCCCGGAGCACAUGCUGAAGGGGGAAUUGAGAUGAAGGGGUCUUGCUCCCAUGCAGUACAAAGAGGGGGAUGCACUCUGAAGCUGUGCUACAGACGUAUCUGGCUUUGAGUGCUGGAGGUGGGGUAACUCGCUGGCCGAGUUUCUGAGCUGGAAACAGAGAUGUUGCACGCUGCAUGAGGGAGAGUGCUGGCCAGAAGCAGAUCUGUUGUUGAGCAAGUGAUAGCACAGGGCUAGGUGGGGCUGGCAAACCAAGCACCCACACGUUCAGGUGGGGACAUGUCCCAGCUUGUGAUUUGCAGCUGAUUGGUGCUGAGGAAGUGAGAGUCAGGACUCCUGUGUUCCAUCGCCGAAUCUUGUGACAAAUUGUUUCAGCUCUGUUCCCCCAGCUCUAACAUGGGAACACAGUGGCCUUGCCUCACAGGAAGUGCUGUUUUGUCAGCGCUUGGGAGCCUCCUGUCCCAGGUCAUUGAGAGGAGCCGGAAGAAGCCAGGGUCAUCCAAAAGCCUGGACCUGAGUGAGCCCUUGAGAUUCGCCAUCUAUGGGUUCCUGUUCACAGGGCCACUCAGUCACUAUUUCUACCUGUACCUGGAGCAGCUGAUCCCAUCAAAUGUCCCCUUUGCCAUGGUCAAGAGGCUUCUGCUGGACCGUCUGGUUGUUGCUCCACCCUUCCUGCUGCUCUUCUUCUUCAUCAUGAACCUGCUGGAGGGGAAGGAUCUGUCUGCGUUUGCUGAGAAGAUAAAGAGUGGUUACUGGGUAGCACUCAAAAUGAACUGGAAAGUGUGGACCCCAGUCCAGUUCGUUAAUGUCAAUUAUGUCCCUAUGCAGUUUCGGGUGUUGUUUGGAAACCUCGUUGCUCUCUUCUGGUUUGCCUACCUGGCCUCCAUCAAGAAGCGAUAGCAUCACAGCUGUAAUUUUGGGCUGGCCUGCAUCGCCUGUUGAGGCAAUUGUGCUCUGAGAGCCCACAGCCCCCACUUCAAUCUGGGAGCAUCUGCAAGAACUGACAUCACUGCAAAUCCUCUGUGAUUCAACACCGCGCAUGCUGCCCUAGUGCCGACGGUGCAUAGGACAAUGAGUCAGGCGCCUGUCCCUGCCCAGGAGCACUGGGCACUCUCCUAAUACAAAUAAUACUUUUGAUUCUUUUCUGACUAAGACCGCGAAUAACUGCUUUCUAAUGGUGCUUAACAAUAACCACACAAUCAACUGAUAGGGUGAGAAACCAGCACAAAGUGUUCUGAGUCUUUUAUUCUUCAUUUUUAAGUAUAAUAAAAUUGCUGUUUCACUCCUUU